GCGUCCUAAUCUAAUAGAGGAGGUGGCACGUUCUCUUCCUGGCUAACUUGGCUGAACCGUCAGCAGCUCGGUACCGACAGACUUCGGUAAAGUUUCUGCUCCGGUGUCCCCCCCUCCCAGCACCGUCAUGGCCCCCAGCACGCAACUUAAAGAGGCGAUAGCCGACGUACAAGAGGGCAUCCGCGCUAUCCUGCUCGGCCCUCCCGGCGCCGGGAAGGGGACUCAGGCCCCUCGGUUAGCAGAGAAGUACUGCGUGUGCCACCUGGCCACCGGAGACAUGCUGAGGGCCAUGGUGGCAUCCGGCUCCGAACUUGGCAAGAAGCUGAAGGAGACGAUGGACUCGGGCAAGCUGGUCAGUGAUGAGAUGGUGGUGGAGCUCAUCGAGAAGAACCUGGACACGCCCCCCUGCAGGAACGGGUUCCUGCUGGACGGAUUCCCGCGAACGGUCAAACAAGCAGAGAUGCUGGACGACAUGUUGGACAAAAGACAGGAGAAGCUGGACUCUGUGAUCGAGUUUUCUGUGGACGACUCUCUGCUGGUCCGUAGGAUCUGUGGCAGACUAAUACAUCAGCCCAGCGGCCGCUCCUACCACGAGGAGUUCAACCCCCCCAAACAGCCCAUGAAGGACGACGUGACGGGGGAGCCGCUCAUCCGGCGCAGCGACGACAACGAGACGACGCUGCGCUCCCGCCUGUCCGCCUACCACCGGCAGACCUCCCCUCUGGUGUCGUACUACAGCGCCCGGGGUCUGCACACCGCCGUGGACGCCUCGCAGAACCCCAACGUCGUCUUCGCCUCCAUCGUCGCCGCCUUCAGCGCCGCCGCAGAAGCCCCGGCUCGCGCCUCCGCCUGUAAAGACCGUGUGAUCUUCGUUUAAACCUUUUCCCUUCCUCUUUCCUGUUCCGCCGGCUCUUUUCCCUCUGGGAUGGAGGUGUGGUGUUUUUGCUUCCUGUUUUAAAAACGGCGGAGGAGCGAAAGUCGACCCGAUCGAUCAGCGCGAUGGCAGUAGUCCAGAUUAACGGUUCUGACCAUCUUCACAAGGUUUUUCCACGUCGUCUUCUUUAGCGUGGUGACUCUGGGUUUGGAUCCGUCCUCCGUGUUUUCCUGCAGACUCGAAUGCAUCAGCAGCGGUUUUCAGUGACCUGUGACUUGUUUACACCCGCUCAUGUGACUCGUGAGGCUCCUGAUAGCUUGAACAGGAGCUGUUUUCAUUAGAAAUCUAAAAAUAAGUAGUUUCCUUCCCUUUUAGUCGGCUCCGGUUUGAACCGGAAUGUGUUUAAAACUCGUUUUUGCUCCAAAUCCAACAGAAGCAAACUUUAGAUCCCGACGUCAGACUUGUAUUUAAUACAUCAAAGUAAAACUUAAAGCUAUAGUUUAGUAAGGACACCGGUAGCUGAACGGAGUUUGUGCUCUGCUACUAAGGCAGGUUAGUUAUGCCGGUUCUGACCCGAUUCUGCCCUUCCAGACAGUCCUUUAGAUCUUUAAACAGCCGCUGCUGGAUUUAAAACCUCCCUAAAGGUUGUUGCUGCGUUUCUAAACAGUUAAAAAUGUAGAUUUCUGCUCUUUGGUGGAUUUGCCGUCUCUCGCCUUCCCCUCGUUAACGACGUCACAUCGCCGCCGCCCCAGAUGCGUUACUCUGGCCCGGUUCAACUGCUGGUUCUGCUGGAGAGCGGUGUUCAGAGCUGUGACGCGUCUGCACGUGAAAACCUUUCUGACGAGUCCCACCUGUUCGUCCACCAGCGCAGUGAUCAGAGUAGUCCACCGUCUGCUGCUGCCCGCUCUGCCCUCAGGUGACCCCUCCUCAUGUUCAGGUCCGUGAGCCUUUCUAGGAAACGGACCUCAUCUUCUUCUGUUUCCUGAGAAACGACGUCACAUCGGUGAUUUCCUGCUGCUCACUUCCUGUUUAUAAAAACUGGUGUGAAACGUGUGUUUAUAGAUUCGUAGUCUGAGUGGAGGUUCGUUUCAGCGGUAGAUUAUAAUCUGGCUCGCCUAUAGCAACCUGAACAGGUUGUUUUAAUCCGGACGUCCUCCGCCGGGGCCUUUAAGGCCUCACAGCGGCAAACGUUUACUGGCUUUAAUAGAAAAUCACCAAAACCUUGUUUUGCUGAGCAGAUUAAAUAAAUAAACCAGAUUAAAUCACUUUAGCGUUUUUAAAACCAACGAUUCCUGCUUGUUGGUUUUGGCCCCCGACGCCUGCUGAUGCUAACAUAAACGGCUGUUAAUCUCAGCGCUCCAGAUGUUUAUUGUGCUCUUCAGCCUCUGGUUGGUUCAGAUUAAAGAUUUUUGGCUUCUACAUAA